CACGUGGGCUCCGAGGCGACCCCGGGCGCCCUUGGAGGGCCUUGGCUGUGCGGGUCAUGGCCGGUCCCCUGCGGGCCGGUGGGGCAGGGGCUCUGGACCUGCUCCGGGCACUUCCACGUGUGAGCUUGGCAAACCUAAAGCCGACUCCAGGCUCCAGGAAAGCGGAAAGACGGCGAAGAGGUCAGAGAAGAGGUCGAAAAUGUGGCAGAGGCCAUAAGGGAGAGCGGCAGAGAGGAACCCGGCCCAGACUGGGUUUUGAGGGAGGCCAGACUCCAUUUUACAUUCGAAUCCCAAAAUAUGGGUUUAAUGAAGACAUUCUGUGCAAACCUGUUCCAUUCUUUCUGCGUGGACAACCCAUUCCCAAACGAAUGCUUCCGCCCGAAGCACUGGUACCGUAUUAUACAGAUGCAAAGAAUCGUGGUUACCUGGCGGAUCCUGCCAAAUUUCCUGAAGCAAGACUUGAACUUGCCAAGAAGUACGGCUAUAUUUUACCUGAUAUCACUAAAGAUGAACUCUUCAAAAUGCUUAGUACUCGAAAGGAUCCAAGGCAGAUUUUCUUUGGUCUUGCUCCUGGAUGGGUGGUGAAUAUGGCAGAUAAGAAAAUCCUAAAACCUACAGAUGAGAAUCUCCUCAAGUAUUACAGCUCAUGAAUUCCUUCCAAGAAAGCAGAGUUGUAAAAGAGUUCUGGAAGAAAAGAGACUGAAACAUGUAUAUUUCUC